AUGGCCGACCAGAGCGACAGCCACAAAGAACGCGCAUACAUCGCUGCCUCGAGACGACACGACCGUGGCAUUGAGGCCCGCCUCGAAUCGGCGCGACAAGCGAGCAAAAUACACAAAAAACGGACGGGCAGAGCACUCCGCAUAUCCGAGGAGAUCGUUCUCGGAGACGCUGCAUACGAGGAAGAAGAGGCGCCCCGGAGGCGCCAGCUCUCGGGCUCACCCCUGAUGCCGAACAUGCAAUGGCAGGCAGACCCCUUUGCCGCUGCUUUCCCUCCCGGUAGCCCUCAGACACAGAUGUUUACGGAGAAGGAGUGGCGUGAGAACAUGGUCAACCAGGCUUUCUCUCAAGCCUUCCCCCAGCUUGAUGCGAGGCUCUCUCAGCGGUGGCCAGCGCAAUAUUUCGCUCCUCGAGAGCAUGGGAAACCGGGGCAAUUUAGAUCCCCCUCUAUUGCCUCGUCCAACAUCAGUUCGCAGUCGGCGCUAUCUGGCCAGUUCGUUGAUGCACCAAACUCCGAGACAUCAUCACCACUUCUGCCCACGGGCACACAAUUCCCAGGCCACUUUAACCAAGAGGGGGUGGAUGGGCCGAAUUAA